UCUUACCAGCAUGUUAGAGUGACGGCCCUUUUUUUUUUGCAGUGAGACAAGUAGCUUUGAUUGUGAUUGAGGGAGAAUCUUUGGCCAUUUGCCCUUGCCUGAUGCAUGCUGCUGCCGAAGUGCCUACCCUCUCAAUAGAGCCCCCUGGUUUAACGUGGUCGAUAUGAUUUGGUUAAAUAUUUACUUCUGGUUGGCUACACCAGAUUUUCAAAUUUGCACACUGUGUCCCCCGCCCGCUGCGCAUACGAACUCACUCACACACUUUCUGUGCCUGUCGGAUGGAUGGUAACAGAGCUACACAGGGGCAGCUAUUCUCUUGCCCUUCCCCACACACACACACACUCGGAGACACAUGAUACAAUUAACCCAUCAAUAAGUUCCUUUGCUAUUCAAAUGAGGUAACAGUUGGCGGGGGACCGGGAGGAAGGAGCCGCUACAGAGCCAGUGAGAUAGAUAGGCUCCACUUUGUACUGGAGGCAAAGGCUGUCCUGACUCCACGAGCUGCGAGGGUCGCACCAGGCAAUCACUGCACAACACCAGAGACAAUGGACCGUUCAAGGGCUGUACAGGCAGCAGAUGAUUAAUCCUAGCCCACCCUGGCCCGCCUCCCCCACUGGUGUCAGGUUUUGACCGUUGGCUGAGAUUUGUUACAGUGGGAGGGGCGCAUAACAAUACAAGGCGGCAGUUCAAACAUCGAGCCACUUCAGCAACGGUUGCGGUGUGUAGAGAGGAAUGAAUGAACACCACCAGUGGUUUCUGAUGCGGUUAGUGAGCAACUUCAUACCACAUUAAGAGUACUUUGAGAAAGCAUGGUACUGCAGACUGAAAUGCAUCUGUCGUUGUCAUCCAGCAACACUAACAGGAGGUUGAUAGGAGAUUGAAUUGGAUUACAGGAACAAGACUUGGAGGAUUUGGACUCUACAUGUACAUGGCGAGUUACAGCUUUGAUGGAGCUUCUUCGGUGAUGAUGUCAUGGUCGGUGCCCUGAUGUCACCCCAUCAUUUCUGAGGUGGCUACUAUCAGAGCCAAACAAAUUUAAUUUCACUUUCUUUGAUAAACCAGUCCAGUCUGUGACAAAGAAGAGAUGACAGCUGUGAACAUUUUACCGAUGUGCCACAGAAAUUGGCCAAGAUCUUGCAUUCUUGGAAGGAACAUGCAAGCAAAGUCUGCUUGAUACUGAGCCAAUAUUGACGGUUGCUGAAAUAUUAGCUCAGUUCGUGUUCAUCAACCCGCAGGCAUAGGACAUAAACCAUGUUUGAAAUUCUAGAAAUCGAAGACACCUCUUUCCUUAGCUGAUGUUCUUCAAACAGAUAAAAAUGCUGUGUAUUAAUCAACGUCCGGACAUAUCUUGGGAGGUCUAAUUGGUAACAGAUACCCUACCGAGGGAAGAAAAGAGAUAGUAGAUGAGGCCAGUUCUACUGGGAAAUCUUUCUUCUUAUGCGUAGCAAAAGCGUCAAUUACGUCACGCAGACACAGAGGCAAGUAAUCUUUGAGAAGUGCUUCCCUUCAAGAAUGGUACCAACACUACAUCUUACUUACUGUUAGACGGACAGUUGGAUUUUUUGCAUCGGCAUGAUGAUGCUCAACGCACCUCCUUCCAUGUCCCAGCAGUUCCCCCCGCCUCCCCAGUUCUCGCAGGUCCCGCCCCCAAACUCGCAGAUCCUCUACUGUACGCACUGUCCUCCUAACGGACUCAGCGGGACCCUCCAGCCAACGUUCAGCUCGCAGGGGAUGCAGAAGCCAAUGCAUCCAAUGCCAGCCAUGGCAGGACAGCAUCAGGUCCCUGGCCAAGUUCCUGGCCAGAUUCCGGGUCAGUUGCCCGCGGGCCCGUACCCGCAGCAGCCACCCCAGUUUGCCCAGAAUGGCCUGGAGGGUUACCAGCAGGCCGCACCACCCAUCCAACCCCAGUACACGGCCACCGUGGUACCCCAGCCGGCCGAUGCGCCAGCUGUCUAUACCCAGCCCCAGGAGGGGCCGGGACCCCAGCCCGUCUACAGCCAACCCCAGCCCUCGGGUGAGGGGGCAGCAGUGGGCUUUGUACAAGGACCACCACCCGUUAGUGGGGAGCAAGCUGGUGCCACGCCCACAUUCAGCCAGGUACUGGUCACCUCCUACGGUGAACAAGCACAGACAUCACAAGCGCCUCCAUCAGGGGAGGUGGGUCAGGCCACGGUGCCAGCUCUACCGGCCGCCAAGCCUGGCGAAACGCCCAAGAGGCUUCAUGUAUCAAAUAUCCCCUUCAGGUUUAGGGACCCAGACCUGAGGGUCCUCUUUGGGCCCUUUGGUCCCAUCAUCGAUGUAGAAAUUAUCUUCAAUGAGCGGGGGUCAAAGGGAUUCGGUUUUGUAACUUUCCAAAAUAGUUCCGACGCCGACAGGGCAAGAGAGAAAUUGAACGGCUCAAUUGUUGAGGGGCGCAAAAUUGAGGUGAACAAUGCAACAGCGCGGGUCAUGACGAACAAGACACCAAAGUCGAUUGCCGGUACCGAGCUUCUUAGCACUGUGGAACUACCGAUUUUGCCAGCGGGUGCCCUGAGGGCGCCAGUGAUAGGCAGAGGCCGGGCCACCAGGGGUGCUUACACCGCCUACCGAAUCGCUGCCCCGCCCCCUGUGGCUGGCUACACCACGGCCACAGCUAUCUACCCAGAGGCGUUCUAUCCAGAACGAUACCAGACUGAUCUUCUUUUACAGAGUGCAGCGGCUGGUUACGGAGGUUACAUCAGUCGGUACGCUGCCACGCCCACAGCCUACGCCAUCCCUUAUGGCAGGGAAUACACAGCCGACCCCUACCACCCGACAAUCGGUCCCACGGCGACGGCGUAUGGGGUAAGAUACCCCUCCCUGACGACAAGGCAGACUGGUAUCUACAGAGGAGGCUAUGCCCGCUAUACGCCAUACUAAACAAAACCAAACAAUAACAAGAACUGUGCUGCCAAUAAAUUAUACAGAACAACUCUUCUUAUUAAUUUUAAGAAUGUUUAAACUGCCUGUUAUGUAACAAUUGGACACUUUAACUGCGUGCUGCACCUUUGUCAGGAAAUGCUGAGACAAUCAGACAGGAUGGCUACUCAAACUGACUGUCGUACUGAUUUCGCUGGAUGCCAACUCUUCAGAGUACCAGCUGACUCAGUGAGAUUGCGUGUUUGAGCAUAAAGUGCUAAGGGCACUAGCGCUGCUUGGGCUUGACCGGUCCCUUCACUUUUUUCAUACGCAUUCUGCUGGAGAAUUGUCAGAGUACCAACCAUGUUUCACUGGCAAUAUGACAUUGUAUAGUGCGCUGCUCGUGAGUAGCCAGAGCACCAGCUAUUUCACCAGUUACCUGUGAUGCAGGACUAAUCAGAAUCACAUUUAGGCAAUUGAAAGAUCAGAUUUCAGAAGUGGACUUUAUAGGGAUUGUAACAUCUGGAAUCGUGGGUUAAGUCACCUGUCAAAGAUCAUUGGAAGGACCAAUAUAUAAACAGGAUCGUCUUUAAGAUUGUAGAUUUGUUAAAAGUAUCAGUGUAUUGUAUCGACAGAUUUUUCUGUUAGGUCUGUAUUUGAUGUUAGAAUUACUGAAUGGAAAGUGAAUUGAAAAGAGUGUGGGGAAAAGAAUGCCAACUCAAGAAGUUUUAAAAUGCCCAAUAUUCACUUAAAAAGAAAUGGCCAACUUUUGCAAAAUGCAAAAAAAAAAGUCAGAUAAGAAACUUGUCUGGAGAGCAGAAACAAAUCAGAUUUUGACUGUUGUCUGAAUCUCAGUUAUUAUUGAAUUAAGUUUCAACUCUGUCUCUAUAUUACUAACAAGUAUUACGAAGACAACUCGUUUUCCUACAGGGUAACUCAGAAAAUUACUCAAAAUUUUAUUUCCUCUGCAACUUUACAAAAAUAUUACUCCAAGUGUGACCACGGUUUUGCACAAGCAGCUAAAGAAAUCCAAACAGGGUUUACUGACUUUAAGUGAGAACUGGCAGGUAUUCUCUUUCAAAUUCAAAUUGCUCAACUAUCAAAGGAACGUUUUCCUAAUGCGCAUUUUUUUAGCAGAUGCCAGCCACUUUAUCCAAGAGUUUGUUGGCGACAUAGCCCCAAACUGAUAGCUGUUGGUAAUUUGUGAAGAAAACGACUGGCCCAAUUAUCAGCAAAAUUCAAGCUGCGCUAAAAAUCCUGGGACUCGGUUUGUGCUGUUAAAUUCUAAUUAAUUGAGUGGAUACACUUGUCCAAUUUAGCAUAUGCAUCCGAUUACCUGUCACUGUUUAGAAUAUCUGUCACCAUAAAAACAAAUUGCUGGAUACCUCGAUUAUCAAAACUAGUGUCUUAAAGUUUGAAUGACAGUGCCAUCACCAGACAUUGUUUAGUCCAUGAUGUGCUUCAAAUGACCAACUCAAGAAAAGAAACAAUAUUUUAGGAUAGAAAGUACAAGUGUCUUUUGAACAGUGUCCUACCUGACUUGAACAAUGUGAGCAGUGUGGUAUUCUUCCAUGCACGCACGUAAAGCACAGGCUUUUAAUGCCUCGGCUUUUUUUUGUAUAUAGACUUUAAAGGGUAAAAAAAAAGUAGUGCUCGAGAGUAUUAGAUAACUUUCAAGUUUUAGUGGCAAUAUUUUGCUAAUUGCUAGUUUUUAAUCAGUAUUUCUCUGUCGUUUUAUUUGCUAGCAGUGAAGGACAGUUGUACAACCUUCAUGGCCCAAUUUGACCUUUUGUCCACGUUUUCUUCACAAAUUAAUGCAUGUAGCUGUUUUGUUCCUUCUUGGUAGACCUUUGUUAUUUAUUCAGACAUAUUGUUACCUGUGCUAAAUGUGGUGCUAUUAUUUCAGGGUCAUAUAUGAAAAAAUGUUCGAAAAACUGAGUGUGCCACUGAGAUUGAGAGGUUUGUUGUUUGUUUAGUUUACCAGUCAGAUUUGGUAUGAAUAUUCAGUGCCUCGUACUACUUCAUGAUUGGAUGAGCAUUUAAUCUCUGGAUGACCUACAACCAAUCAAAAUUCAGGAGUCGUUUUACCAGGAAUCAAAACUGCGUGUCUGAUUUCUAGGGUCACUGGCUCAGCAUGCUGACAUUGCAUGGUCUGUUCACAAGAACCUGCGGUCCUGGGUUCUGUUCACAAUAAUGACCCUAGAAGCAAUUUUUUUGUUUCACGAACACCAAAGUGUGCCCCUCAGUGACAAGAAGGAAAAAACAGCUUGUCCUGAAAUUCCAGUCUGCCUAAACUAGUCAGAUAUGUACCAAAUUACUGCCAUAGACAUUAUCACCAGAGGCCAGCGUCUCAUUGUUUGAAUUUGUUUGUUUGUUUGUUUGUUUCUUGGUUUUGUUUUAUUUUUCAAGUAGAUGCUUUUGUUAUUUAACAGAUGAAAAUUGUUCAUCUUUAACACCCUUGGCUAAAACGCUUGCCCAUGAAUAUUAAACUCUUGUGUGGAAGUGACAGUAGACACUGAUGUGCAUUGCACUUCUUCCAGUUUAUCGUUGCAUAUAACCUAUUUAUUUAUUUCUGUAAACAAGUCCAUUGCCGUCUGUAACAUUUGUACAGUCUUAACUUUGGGGUUUUUCGUCGUUUUGUUGUCUUUUGCUAUGAAGUCUUAAAAAUAACACAGUAUUAAAUUGAAAAAAAAAAAUGAGAAAAGCAAAAGUAAAAAAAAUAGACACCAGAGACCCUUGUUUAACAAUACAUUUAUAUUUAUUGUUCAGUAUAUUGAAUUAUUGAAAUGUGUCUAUAGUAGCCUGUAUAGAUUAAAACCCAAACAAAAACAGUGAGUGCAAUGGUUUGCCUUGUGGUAAUCCACUGUUCUAAGUAUUGUUAGAUGUUGGUGUUCUAUCAAAUGGUGUAGAAAAACCAUUGUAUGGUGUGCUAUUUUUGCCCCCUCCAUAAAUAAUAUGGGCAUGUAUCAUAAGUUAACCAUUUUAAUGCCUAAUCGUUUCUCCUGUUAUAGUGUUGCAUUUUAAGACUUUUUGCUGUAGCUAUAUUUUGGUUCUCUUUGAGGCAUGGGCUGCUGCUACAGAAUUUGAAGAUAUGUGUAUCUGAGGAGCACUGUUUACCUUUUGGUUUUUGUGACUUUUACUUUAGAACUGUGUACAUUUGUUCCGUGCCACAUAACACAGGUUUGAAGACUGGAGUACUCUCUUAGAACAUAGCUACAUAACUCUUUUUUUACAUGUAGUUCUAUCAUUUUUUGCUUUAUGUUCUGUCUUAUAUUUUCCUUUACACUUGAGUUUUUCGAAUAUGUUUAUUUAUUCAACUCUUCAUGUUGCAUUUUUCUUAUUUGGGUUUUUGUUUAUGUAAGUAUGUACAUGUACUGUAGUUUCACAGUUCAUAAGUUCAUAUAUCUUGCUCUUGAUAGCAGAUGCAUAGAUGCACUCACAAUCAGUUCCCAAUUUUUAGUGCAAAUUUUAAAUGCUUCAAUUAAAUAACACAUACAGCUGAUAUCCAAUCAGAGGGGUUGUAUCAAGCUACAUACGCUUGGCCAAUCCCAUGGAGUGUUCAGUGGGUCCCUGCAGUUUGAUUUGCCGUCUGUAUGUAAUUUGGAUUUCCUUGAUAAUGUAAAAAAAAAAACAAUUCUCUGAAAUUGAACUUGCAUGUAUCUUUGCUAGUUUCAAGUUUUUGUUCCUUCGUUGUUCCCCUCUCUUAGAUAUCAUAUAUUUAGUCUCUGAAAUUGUAAUCUUUUUUCCCCAAAAAUAUGUGUGCUAUUUGACAGUUUAGAGGUUAAGUGUCAACUUGAAAAAUACCUGUGGUAUGAUCUUCAAGGAAAAUUGUGGCUAGAUUUAAUUUGAAUUUUGGUCAGGGCCUUUUGCCUUGUAUUUGUGAAAUAAGAGUUUUGUGGGUAUGGUUCAAAAUGCUGCCUGCUUCUGUGCAGACCAACACCAUUAACAAUAUACACUGUGAGAAGUUAAAUCAGUCUACGCAUACAUGUAGUUGUUUUGUCCACCACGUUAGUAUAGUUAGCAUGAGCUACAUCUAAAAACAAUGGGGUUUGUUUGGGGGCGUGGCAGCGUUUUUUUAGAGGUACUAAGGCAUGAAAGUGAGAUAUUUUUCUGAAACAAAGCCUUGACCGUUUUAGAUGACUCCUUUUUGAAUAGUGUCAAUUGUAGCCUUCCUCAGUUUUGGUUUUUUUGGGGGGGGUUGUUUGUUUUGGGUUUUUGUCUUUUGGGGGAGGUUGGGAAAAUAACACUUGUGCUGUUUCAGUUCUGUGCUGUUUUUCUAUAUGCCACGGUGAUCAAAAUGUUAAGAUUUAAACAUAUUUGUUAGUACCAUCUCUUGAAAUAUGGCUUGUUAGCCAUUUCAUUCAGACUUUGUAUUUUAGGAGCACAUUUUGUUCUGAGAACCGCCAAAUCAAAUGACAUUUUAAGGAAUCAGAAUUCAAAAUCUGGUUCGACAUAAGUUUUCCCGUCGUGAAUUUUUUUGACAAUUUAAUUCACUCAUUUAUAAUGCAUUGAUAUCCACAUUUGUCUCAAUUACUCCCCUCCCUUAUAGAGAAAAAGUGGAAUGAAAUUUAUAGUUGACAAGCUUUUAAACAGAAAUAAGUCGCAAAGGUCUGCAGUUGAGUUUGUCACUAUAUUUUACAGUGCUCAGUGACAUUCGUCCAAGGUGCACCCUGACACAAAUUACUUCAAUCUCGUUGCUGUACAAUGUACAUGGUAGGUCUAUGUCCCAGACUGAAGUGACGUGAAACAGUUCUGUAGUGUCUGGAGGUAGCUGUUUUAUUCCUGCCUAUAUAGAAUCUAAAAGGCCUGGUUUGUUUCUUUUCAUGGCUUGAGUGAAAUUGCACAUGGUGUUCAUUUUAACUCAUCUUGUUACUCGAACAAGACUGUUACAGCCAGUGCAAAUGGUAAUUCAAAUUAUUACUCCCUGUUGAUCACGUGUAGAAUUUGAGGCGAACCCGUAACAUUAAGGUUUCGUUUUGUAAAUGGUUCUCUGGGACUUAAUGUGUAUACCAUGAGGCAUCAAAUGCAUUGAAUAAAAAAACACCGAGUCUGAAAAAAAA